UUUAUUCUUCCUUUUAAAAAAAAAACCAAUUCUGAUCGUGAUAUCAAAACAAUGUUUAUGAUUAAAGAAUAAUAACAAGAACAGGAACAACAAUGGCAGCAACAACAACAAGUCCAAAUAAUCAAGAUUGGUUUCUAAUGACUGGUGAUCUAAUUAUUAAUCUACGUAGUACAAAAACUGGUGAUACAAAUAAUAUUUUAAAGGGAUCAAAAAAUCGACGACGAUUAUCAUCAUCAUCAUCAUCAUCAAAUGUAAAUGGAAAAAAGAAUUUGAAAAAAUUUCAUAUUGAAAAUGAUGUUGAAAUGAUUGAUUCAAUUUUGGAUGAUAAUCAAAAUCAAUUAGAAUCAUCAACAAUUAAAUCAUUUAAUGAUGAUUGUGAUUGUUUAAAUAGUAUACGUUCAAAUUUGGAACAAAAUUUACAACAUGCAAAAGAAACUGAUAUUGAUCAUCAUGAUAAUGGUUAUAAUAAUGAUGAUGAUUUAUCUACAAAUAAUUUGAAAACUUCAACAACAACAGCAGCGACCACAAAUAAUACAAAUACUAUUCAAUCAUUAUCAUCAAAAAUAUCAAAUUCAUUAUCAUCAACAACAACAACAACAACAACGACAUCAUCAUCAUCAUCAUCGGGAAAUGUAUCAUCUGGAAUUUUAUGUGAUGAUGAUGUACAACUACAGGAACAAGAACAGGAACAUCAUCAGCUGCCACAGCAACAGCAACAACAACAACAACAACAAUCUAUAAAACCACCAUCAUCAAAUUGUUCAAGUGAUUAUCAACAUUUUUCAUUUUUUGAUCAUCCAAAUGAUCAACAAGAACAACAAAAACAUCAGCUUGAUCAUCAACAACAGCAACAAUCGGAACAAAAACAGGAAAAUUGUUAUGAAAAUAUUGGUGAUUGUCGUUUUAAAUCACAGGAAUCAAAUCUUUAUAAUUUAAUUUCUGAUGAUAAUGAUGAUGAUGAUGGUAAUUAUUCUAGAUCAAUGGAUGAAUUAUCAAUUGGUAGUGAUGAAAGUAGCCUUUUAUAUUAUUCAACACCUUCAAAAUUUAAUGGUCAACAACAACAAGGAAUUGAUACACCAAGUGCAUCAAGAUUAGCCAAAAGAUUAUAUAAUCUUGAAGGAUUUAAAAAAUCCGAUGUUGCAAGACAUUUAUCAAAAAAUAAUGAAUUUUGUCGUACAGUUGCGGAAGAAUAUUUAAAAUUAUUUAAUUUUUCUAAUCAAGAAUUAGAUGUUUCAUUAAGAUAUUUUCUUUCAUAUUUUCAUUUAAUUGGUGAAACACAAGAACGUGAACGUGUUUUAGUUUAUUUUUCAAAACGUUAUUAUGAAUGUAAUCCAAAUACUGAAUUCAAAAGUAUCGAUUCAAUACAUACAUUAACAUGUGCAUUAAUGUUAUUGAAUACUGAUCUACAUGAAGAGAACAUUCAUCGUAAAAUGACUUGUUCAAAUUUUAUAUUCAAUUUAGCCGGUAUGAAUGAUGGUGAUGAUUAUCCAAAUAAUCUACUCAAAUAUCUUUAUUAUUCGGUCAAGAAUAAUCCACUUGGUUGGCUUGACGAUGAAGAUCAUCCAAGAACAAUAACAAAAUCAUCUACAAAUCGUAAUGUAUUUGCUAAAAUAACAACAAUAUCAAAAUCGAUUAGUUCACCAUAUGCAACAUUACCAAGAAAAUUUAAUCAACAAUUAUCAUCAUCAUCAUCAAUGAUAUCAACAACAAUAUCAUCGGGAAUAGCAACAACAAGUCCAUUUAUUGAUCUACCAAAUCCAUUGGUUGCAAUUGAAUAUAAAAAAGGUUAUAUUCGUCGUAAAUGUUGUUAUGAUUCGAAUGGACGUAAAACUUCAAUCGGUAAACGUAGCUGGAAAUUAUUCUAUGCAACAUUACGUGAUCUAGUUCUUUAUCUACAUAAAGAUGAAAAUGGAUUUCGUAAAUUACAAUUACAAGAAUGUUUUGCCAAUUCAAUUCGUAUUCAUCAUUCGAUUGCAUCAAAAGCGGAUGAUUAUCCUAAAAAGAAAUUUGUAUUUCGAUUGAUUACAGCAGAUUAUGCGGAAUAUUUAUUUGAAACUAGUGAUUCAAAAGAAUUACAAUCAUGGAUCGAAACAAUCAAUACAACUGCAGCUAGUCUUUCGGCACCAACAUUACCUAUGGCAGUUUGUUCGGAUAGUCGAAAAUUUAAAAAAGAAAUAUUUCCUGUUAGUCAUACAAAAUUAUCAUUGCGUGAACAAUUGAAAGAUCAGGAAAAUAAAUUAUUAUCAUUACAAAAAGAUCUGGAACAAUUGUUAGAAAAAUCAUGUCAAAAUAUUAAAUAUCGUAAAGGAUUUAUGGAAAAAGAAAAUUAUCUACAACAUGAGAUAAAACGUUAUCGUGUUUAUGUUUCCUGUCUACGACGAGAAUUGAAAAAAUUACCCAUACAAUCUUCGAAUGAUCUACAACAACCACAACAACAGCAUAAUGAUGAUUCAUCUAUACAUUCACAGAAUCAUCGUCAACAACAACAACAAUCGUUAACUGUAAAUCAUCAUCAAGAUGAUUCAAGUUUACAAUUUCGUUGUUCAGAUGAUUCGGAUAAUUCAUUGAAAUAAACACAUACAUACACACACAGAAAAUAGCUAUCUUUUUUUGAAACAAACAAACGGCAUCUUUUUCUUAUUCUAUUCUAUUUUUUGUGAU